UCUGAGGAUGUUUUGGAUAUCUUUUAUGAAUAUAUAAUACCAUAAAUAUAAAAAAGAAAUGUCACUUUUUCAAGGUGGAAUUUGGGGCAUUUCUUUGGUAUUUCCAUGUCAGCCUCACAACAUUAAAGAAAGGCCCAUAUCUACAUGAAAUAAUUCCUUGAAAUCAUGUCUUUAAUUUGAAAUGCUAGCUCUUGUAAAAUGAUUCGGAACUCUGGUAACCAAGAGAAAUCUAAAAAUAAGUACCAUUUAAAGUGGACAUCAGAACAAUGUUCUUUGAACCACCAAUCAGAUUAAGGAACUAAGCUAUCAAAAAUUUAUGAACCCGAAAAGCAGUGUGUCUCUUCAGUUGUUAAGAUCAACAUUGAAGUUUGAAUUCCUAAGAGAUAGUCGACUUCCGCAGAAUAAGUUAUAGUCUCUUGUUUACCAUGUCUUGUCAGAAUCUUAACGUUGUGACUAAGAAUUUUCUCAUUCGUCUUGCCAUAUAUAUUCUUUAUAGUAUUCUGGGAGCGUUGGUUUUUAUGAGCAUCGAAAACAAUGCAAUUGAAGAGGAACUCAAAAAUCUAGAGAAGACGAGAAUUCAGGCACGAAACAGCCUGGCAGAAAUGCAAAACAGUACUCACUUCUUCAAUAUGACGGUUGAUCAAAUGGUUGCAUUUGCAAGAAGAGUUGUUCAAGUUGAAAACGAAUUAAGCGCGACACCAACGAAAUGGACGUACGAUCAGGGAUAUCGCUUAACGUUUGAAAUCAUGACAACAAUUGGGUACGGCUCAACUCCCCCAAAGACACAAACUGGUCGUCUCUUGUGCGUUUUCUACACUCUUGUUGGGAUUCCAAUAUUCCUCUAUUUCAUGAAAAGCAUAGGAGAAGUGUUAAAUCGAGGCAUGACAAGCCUCGUCCGACAUUUAGAAAAAAAAGUUCUCAAAAGAAACGAAGACAAAAACGUCGAGCUCAAGGUCUUAAUUGGCUUCAUCAUUGCGCUGAUUCUUGACGUUUCCUUGGAGAUCAUUGUCGUUGCUCAAGAUAAGAAGAGGGACUUUACCGUCAUUGAUGCAUUCUAUUGCGUCAUCAUCACCGCCACAACCGUUGGAUUUGGAGACUUGACUCUAGAAAACGAAUUAACUAUGAUUAUCAGUCUGAGUCUUUUGUCCACAGUCUUGGACGGUGUUCUUUGUUACAUGGAGAAGACGAUAGAGGAACAGAUUAAUGAAACGAAAGGAUGUCAGUGCUUCGGGUUGAAUAAAAAUGAAAAUAGGAAUACAACUGAGGAUGCUGAGGCAUAUGGGGCAGAUAACAAAGCAGUUACUGUUGAAGACUUGAGUCGGGACGAAAAGAUGUAGUCUUUUCAGAUAAAGUUUCAUUCCCUAUAGUAUCAUUUCUUUGUUUAACGGUUACGCAUGAAAAGACACAUAAAUAUGGAUACAGCUCAAACAAAGAAUCUUAUUCCUAAGAGAAUUACGCCGCCGUGGUCUGAGAGGGGAAAACUAUUAAGCCCAUGGUAACUAAAGAGGUGUAGAUAUUAUUAUUUACAUUCAGCAUUUGAUAUGACUAGAGCCAACGUAUCUAGAUCAGGUGGAGAGAGGCGUGUGAUUGAACGAUGCACUGUAAAAAAAAGAAAAGUAUCUACUCUUGCUCAACACUGUACAAGCUAGCUACAAUGUUUAUGUAAGCUCCUACUUACCGGAAAGAUAGAUCUGGAUGUUAGCAAUGGGUGGGUUUGAAGACCUGUUUUAAAGCCCUGGUAAACUAAACCCAAUACCAUAAACAAAAACAACACUGUUGCUUUUCUUUUUCUUUU